CGCACCUGAGCCGGCUCGGCAGCAGCGGGCGCUCGCGCUCCUCUUCCCUCCAGGGCUCUCUCCCUCUUCUUCCUCCUCCUCCUCCAGUCUCCUUCUCCUCCUCCUCCCCGUGGGACCAGGAGCUGCCAGCCUCCCGCACUCGGUCUCCAGCACCGAAACAGGAGCACCCGCUGCCGCUCCGAGCCUAUCUGCCUGCGUCUCUCCACCAGAACUGGCAGAAGCGGUGUACCUGUGGUCUCCCCCUACCUCAGCCCCCGAGCAUCCCCUUCCCUUCCUCCUCGGACACCUUCCACCUUUCUUUGGCCCCAGCAUCUACCGCAGCACCCCCGCCCUCGCAUCCACUAACCCAGCCUUCCAAUCCCGGAGGGUUUCGCGAAGAUCUAGCCUCUGCCUGCCUCCCUUCUUCCGUCCACUUCUCUCUUGAGUUACACCGUGCCCCAUGGCCCUGGCAGAGGGACGUCUGCGGGACGCCGACGGACUGCACAGUGCAAGUCAGUAAUAUCAGUGCUGACCACAUAUAUGUGACGUGAACAAGGAGGAGCUGUGUGAAGGCAUUUCUGGGCAGCGGUUGCUUCAUGACCCCUCAUGCAGUUAAGUGAAGCCAGACCAGUGUCCACCAUGACAGCACUUGUUCUGGGAGCGGUGCUGCUCAUCCUUCAACCGCAGAUAGUGCCUUCUCAUCCUGUCAAUAGCCCGAAAGUGGAAGCCCCUUCAGAAGCCGGGCAGAAAGAGCUCUUCAGGAAAGGAUCUCUCAAGAGCGACUUCCAAGAUAGCCCUCCUCUGAAUGGAUCUAGCCAACGCCUCCCCCAAACCAUCAUCAUCGGCGUGAGGAAAGGGGGGACCCGAGCCCUGCUAGAGAUGCUCAGUCUGCACCCAGGGAUAGCUGCUGCUGAAAGCGAAGUCCAUUACUUUGACUGGGAAGAUCACUAUGGAAACGGUCUUGAAUGGUACCUCAGUCAGAUGCCCUUCUCUUUCCCACAUCAGCUCACUGUGGAAAAAACCCCUGCAUACUUCACAUCAUCCAAAGUGCCUGAGAGAGUUUAUAACAUGAACCAGUCCAUCAGACUGCUCCUUAUCCUGAGAGAUCCCAGUGAGCGGGUUCUGUCGGACUAUACUCAAGUGUUUUAUAACCAUGUGCAAAAACACAAACCCUAUCCAUCCAUUGAAGAGUUUCUCAUCAAAGAUGGUGAGCUCAACGUGGAAUACAAGGCAAUAAACCGGAGCCUUUAUUAUUUUCACAUGCAAAACUGGCUCCGUUAUUUUCCGCUAGAUCACAUUCACAUCGUGGAUGGGGAUCAGCUCAUUAGAGACCCUUUCCCAGAAAUAGAAAAGGUAGAGAGGUUCUUGAAGCUGUCUCCACAAAUCAAUGCUUCAAACUUCUAUUUUAAUAAAACAAAAGGCUUUUACUGCCUAAGGGACAGUGGCAGAGACCGGUGUUUACAUGAGUCAAAAGGAAGAGCACACCCUCAAGUGGAUCCCAAAUUACUUAAUAAACUGCAUGAAUAUUUUCAUGAGCCAAAUAAGAAAUUCUUUGAGCUUGUUGGCAGAACAUUUGACUGGCACUAGACUGGCGAGCCAAGCUCUGAACCUUUCUACUCUAAGUUCUGGUGUAUGUCUAGGAAAGACAAAAAAUAAUAAUAAUAAUAAUAACAAAGGGCAUUGAAGCUAUAAUUUAUUUGUAAAAUCCAUAAAUUACUUAUGUACAGUAUUAGAUUCACAAUUGCCAUAUAUACUAGUUAUAUUUUUCUACUUGUUAAAUCGAAAGCAUUUUGUAUAUUGUUUUUCAUGGUUGUUAACAUGGUGUAUGAUGUCUCUAUAUGAAGGAACUAAAAUAUUUCACUGCAUAAGAUUUGCUAGAGACUGUGUUGUCCUUCUCAGUAUAAAAUCCAUUUGCCCCAAACACCUGAGGCAACCAGCAGUUUGAGACUGCAGCGUCCAGACCCCUUUAUUACUUUCCAAUGAAAAAUUGCUUGUGCAUUAUGUUUUCUCAAUCUGUUUUUUUUUAGUUCUUUUAAUUUUUAAUGCCUCACUGUGGUCAUCAGAUCUCUUUGACUUGCCUCAUAAAAUAAUGUAUCUUGCC